AUGUCUCCAAAUAAGACUCUUCCUCAAAUGCCAGAGAGUGGACGUAAGAAAGGGACAGAGAAAAUAAAACAUUUGGUUAUUGGAUCUAUUGCUAAACCUCGUUGUUAUAAACAUGUUGAUAUGGACUCUCUCCCACACAUCAAAUAUUUCUUUAACAAGAAAGCAUGGAUGACUCGUGACAUUUUCAAACAAUACAUGCUUGGUCUCAAUGCUAAAUUUGAAAAUGAAAAUCGUAAGAUUCUGUUAUUGAUGGACAAUGCUACUCCUCAUGACAUUGAGGAAUGCGAAGAUCGGCUAACACAUAUUAAGGUCAAGUAUAAAAGUUGUUUUAUCAAGCAUUUGAUUGAUAAGUAUGAGCGCAAUGGAAGUCACCCAUUAUCUAAUGACAACAAGUUCAACAUACGUCAAGCAAUUAACACUCUUGUAGAAGCAUGGAAUGAUGUUAAGACCUCUACCAUUCUCAACUGUUGGAGAAAUACCGAAAUUCUACCUACAGAUGUCAACCCUAAUGUUAAUAGUGAAAACUUAGAACUUGUUGAUGAUGUUGGUAGUGUGCCAUCACUUAUAGCCCAAAUCCCAUCUCAUAACACCAAUCAAGUAAUGGAUGCUACUACUUGUAUGGAGUUUGAUGCAACACUUCCAAUCCUUGAAAUUUACACUGAUGAAGAGAUUAUCUUGAAAUUUACACUGAUGAAGAGAUUAUUGCACAAGUGA